AUGGGAUUUGCCGCUACACUCGCUCUUGGAGCGUUAGCUAUACUUGUCGCGUAUGCAAUUCGUCGUUUAGUGAAAAGAGACAGCAAUGCACGGCCUCUACCUCCAGGACCCAAAGGCCUUCCCAUCGUCGGCAAUGUCAAUGACUUGCCCAAACCCGGUGUUUUGGAGGCCCACCACUGGCUAGAGCACAAGGAUCGCUACGGCCAGACUAUGGUCAUCCUCAACGACCCCAAGCUCGCAUUCGAGCUCCUACGCGAUCGGUCAAAUAUAUACUCUGGACGUCCCCACCAAAACUUCAGCUGCGACCUAGUCGGAUGGAAGAACGCGACGGCAAUGAGCCCAUAUAACGACUACUGGAAGAUCCACCGCAAGAGCAUCACCAAGGUUGCCUCAUCAAACAUAUCAGUGACGGCCUUUGAUCGCGUGCAGGAAGAGGAGGCCGCUCAUUUUCUGAUGAACCUACUCGCGGAGCCAGAUAAAUUAUUCGAUCAUAUACGGACGGAGGCUGGGACAGUGAUUCUGAAGAUUACCUAUGGGUAUACGGCGAAGAACAGGGGCAAGGAUCCGCUGGUUGAGCUGGCGGGUAAAGCCAUGUGGGCUUUUACAGAGAGUACGGUGCCGGGGAAGUGGGCUGUGGAUACUUUCCCGUUUUUGAAAUAUCUCCCCGACGGCUUUCCAGGCACCGCAUACCGGAAACCUGGUCGCGAAAUGCGAAAGGCUUUGUUCGACUGUGCGGAAAAGCCGUAUGCUUUCGUGAAACGGCAAAUGCGCGAAAAGCGAGCCAAAACAUCGUUUUUGUCUCAAGCCAUCGAAACCAUCGGAGCUGAUGAUGACUACAUGGACUUCGUUCACAAGUGGACGGCCUUGUCUUUGUUCACUGGCGGCGCUGAUACAACUGUCUCCUCCUUGAUGACCUUCUUCCUUGCUAUGACUCUAUAUCCGAAUGUGCAGAAGAAAGCGCAAGAGGAACUCGACCGUGUCAUCGGCGCCGGUCGUCUCCCUGUCGCCGCAGAUAAAGACAGUUUGCCUUAUACAUACGCCAUCAUGCUCGAGACGCACCGUUGGCAUCCUAUCUUACCAAUGGGACUACCUCACACGAGCGAUGCGGAAGACGUGUGCAAGGGGUACAGGAUCCCAAAGGGCUCGAUACUCCUUCCUAAUACUUGGUAUGUGUUCUCAAUAUUUAUUGCGCUCCACUGCGGCUUCCCGUGUACUCUACCGUGCUGGUUUCCUGCUCGUUACAUUGAAUCAAGACGCAACCCCUCCUUAACAACUGAUUUUCUACAAAUUUCCGCUCACUUCCUCCUUCCCAGGUGGUACACACACGACCCCGCCGUCUAUCCUGACCCCAUGACCUUCAAUCCCGAUCGCUUCAUUCAAAUGGGCACGCACAACCCUGAGCCCGACCCCCGAAACUUCAUUUUCGGCUACGGCCGCCGCAUCUGUCCGGGUCGCUAUGUAGCGGACAACGCUCUGUUCAUCACCAUCGCACAAUCGCUCGCUGUAUUCGAUAUCAAGCCUACAGACGCCGUACCUAAAGCUGAAUUUGAGCCAGGGGUCCUCAGCCAUCCUGUGCCGUAUAAGUGUAGAAUUGAGCCGAGGAGUGCGAAGCACAGAGAGCUGAUUGAGAGGAGUGAGGAGAAGUAUCCGUGGGGGGAGAGCGAUGCGAAGGAGUUGGAGGGGAUCAUGUAA